UGGCUCCUGCUUCUGAAGUGAACCAGUCCUCGCAUUCUUUUCCUGAUAAAUCCUCCAAGCCGAUCCCCCAUGCCACGAGCAUUCUGCACAGAACGCCAUGGCAGCCCCCUAUUGCCGUCUCCGCUGAAGGGAUCUACAUAGAUCUGGAAGGCGGAACAAGAGUUAUCGAUGCAGUUGGUGGUGCGGCGGUGGCUUGCAUUGGGAACAGCCACCCAUCGGUAAUGCAAGCGAUUAAGGACCAAGUAGACCAAGUAUCGUGUGUAUAUAAUAUGCAAUUGUCGAAUAAACCAGCAGAAGCUCUUGCGAAAAAGCUCGUCGAAACGAGCCAUGGCGCAUUUGCGUUGUGUGGGUUUGCUUCUGGAGGGUCGGAGGCCAUGGAAAGUGUGUUGAAGCUUGCUAGACAGGACUUCUUCGAGACCGGCCAACCUAGACGCACCAAUUUCAUUGCGAGGCAGUUGUCAUUCCACGGCAACACUCUUGGGACACUUUCACUCGCCUACCAUCCUAUCCGACGGGGUCCCUAUGCUGACAUCCUGGAUGAUCGGCAUUUCCAUCAUGUUUCGCCAGCCUACGCCAAACGUUUUCAAAAGUCAGGCGAAAGUGAAGAGCAAUAUGUUGAACGUUUACAACAGGAGUUGGAAAACAAGUUCCUCGAACUCGGUCCUGAUACAGUCAUAGGCUGUGUCGCAGAAACCGUGGUUGGAGCCACAACUGGUGUUCUUGCUGCACCCAAGGGAUACUUCAAAGGUAUGAAGUCGGUGUGCGAUAAAUACGGUGCUCUAUUCAUCCUGGAUGAGGUUAUGAGUGGCAUGGGACGUAUGGGAACUUUGCAUGCUUGGGAGUCUUUCGGAGACGGUAUUGCCGCUGAUAUUCAGGCCGUUGCCAAAGGCCUUGGAGGAGGGUACGCUUCGAUUGGCGCUGUUCUGAUGUCCCAGAAGAUCGCAGACGGAGUUCGAGAUAACUCGGGUUUCUGGAAGCACGGUCAUACCUACCAGGCUCAUCCUUUGGCUUGCGCCGCCUCUCUUGCGGUACAGAACGUUAUUGAACAGGAAAAUCUGCUGGAGAACAUUAGAACGCAGGGGACAUACUUAGGGUCGCUCCUCAAGAAGGGAUUGGCCUCUCCGAACUCAUUGGCCGCCCCGUAUAUUUUCGACAUCAGGGGUGGUGGUGGCUUUUGGGCCGUCGAGUUCGACUUGGCUGAUUCGCCCAUCAAUUUCGAAGGAAAGCCAUUCGCGAUGAUUGUUCAAGCAAAGGCACUUGCUAAUGGCCUAAUUGUUAUGGGUAUGGUUGGAGGUGCUAAUCUUGAAGGAACAAAAGGUGACCACAUUAUUCUUUCUCCUGCCUACAAUGUUACAAAGGCGGAGAUUGAGAAGAUCGCCGAGAUAUUUGUUCGCAGCAUAGAGGAGAUUCUGAAAGAAUACAGUGUACAAUAGA